CUUCUGAAGCUAAAACAUCUCCUGAAGUAUCAACAGCGACCACAGAUGGUUUAACAACUGCAACUGUGGAAGCUACGUUUUCAACAUGGGGAGUGACUAUGACACCGGAAUCAACCAAAGACACAAUGGAAACAACUAAAGCUAUUUCCUCAAGUGCAACAGAAACUUCAACCAUUCCCUCAGAAACUUCAACCAGUCCCUCGCAGGAAACAAGUCCCUCACAACCUUCUACGGUUACCAGUGAGACUGCCACUACAAAUGAACAAACUUCAGCAGUCACGGACGGGCAAAUAUCAGCCACCACCAUUGGACUCUCAUCUACCCAGGGAACUGAAAGUACAACUACACAGCCAACUGACACAACAACUGAAACGGGAAUGACCCCUGAUGAGCACACAACAAGAGUUGAAAUGACAACAAUGACAGAUGAAACAACAACCGUAGUCACACAAGAGCAAUCGGCUAGCCCAGAUACUUUGACAAGCCCAUCUCCCACAAUGAUUUCAGGCCACACAACAGCACCCUCUGAGGUUACAAGUGAGUCUCUCACUAGCACUGCUGGCACCUCAACACCAAGUGAGACAUCAACAACAACUUCUGAAGCAAAAACAUCUCCUGAAGUAUCAACAGCGACCACAGAUGGUUUAACAACUGCAACUGUGGAAGCUACGUUUUCAACAUCGGGAGUGACUAUGCCACCGGAAUCAACCAAAGACACAAUGGAAACAACUACAGCUAUGUCCUCAAGUGCAACAGAAACUUCAACCAUUCCCUCAGAAACUUCAACCAGUCCCUCGCCGGAAACAAGUCCCUCACAACCUUCUACGGUUACCAGUGAGACUGCCACUACAAAUGAACAAACUUCAGCAGUCACGGACGGGCAAAUAUCAGCCACCACCAUUGAACUCUCAUCUACCCAAGGAACUGAAAGUACAACUACACAGCCAACUGACACAACAACUGAAACGGGAAUGACCCCUGAUGAGCACACAACAAGAGUUGAAAUGACAACAAUGACAGAUGAAACAACAACCGUAUUCACACAAGAGCAAUCGGCUAGCCCAGCGACUUUGACAAGCCCAUCUCCCACAAUGAUUUCAGGCCACACAACAGCGCCCUCUGAGGUUACAAGUGAGUCUAUUACUAGCACUGCUGGCACCUCAACACCAAGUGAGGCAUCAACAACAACUUCUGAAGCUAAAACAUCUCCUGAAGUAUCAACAGCGACCACAGAUGGUUUAACAACUGCAACUGUGGAAGCUACGUUUUCAACAUCGGGAGUGACUAUGACACCGGAAUCAACCAAAGACACAAUGGAAACAACUACAGCUAUGUCCUCAAGUGCAACAGAAACUUCAACCAUUCCCUCAGAAACGUCAACCAGUCCCUUGCCGGAAACAAGUCCCUCACAACCUUCUACGGUUACCAGUGAGACUGCCACUACAAAUGAACAAACUUCAGCAGUCACGGACGGGCAAAUAUCAGCCACCACCAUUGGACUCUCAUCUACCCAGGGAACUGAAAGUACAACUACACAGCCAACUGACACAACAACUGAAACGGGACUGACCCCUGAUGAGCACACAACAAGAGUUGAAAUGACAACAAUGACAGAUGAAACAACAACCGUAGUCACACAAGAGCAAUCGGCUAGCCCAGUGACUUUGACAAGCCCAUCUCCCACAAUGAUUUCAGGCCACACAACAGCGCCCUCUGAGGUUACAAGUGAGUCUAUUACUAGCACUGCUGGCACCUCAACACCAAGUGAGGCAUCAACAACAACUUCUGAAGCUAAAACAUCUCCUGAAGUAUCAACAGCGACCACAGAUGGUUUAACAACUGCAACUGUGGAAGCUACGUUUUCAACAUCGGGAGUGACUAUGACACCGGAAUCAACCAAAGACACAAUGGAAACAACUACAGCUAUGUCCUCAAGUGCAACAGAAACUUCAACCAUUCCCUCAGAAACUUCAACCAGUCCCUUGCCGGAAACAAGUCCCUCACAACCUUCUACGGUUACCAGUGAGACUGCCACUACAAAUGAACAAACUUCAGCAGUCACGGACGGGCAAAUAUCAGCCACCACCAUUGGACUCUCAUCUACCCAGGGAACUGAAAGUACAACUACACAGCCAACUGACACAACAACUGAAACGGGAAUGACCCCUGAUGAGCACACAACAAGAGUUGAAAUGACAACAAUGACAGAUGAAACAACAACCGUAGUCACACAAGAGCAAUCGGCUAGCCCAGUGACUUUGACAAGCCCAUCUCCCACAAUGAUUUCAGGCCACACAACAGCGCCCUCUGAGGUUACAAGUGAGUCUAUUACUAGCACUGCUGGCACCUCAACACCAAGUGAGGCAUCAACAACAACUUCUGAAGCUAAAACAUCUCCUGAAGUAUCAACAGCGACCACAGAUGGUUUAACAACUGCAACUGUGGAAGCUACGUUUUCAACAUCGGGAGUGACUAUGACACCGGAAUCAACCAAAGACACAAUGGAAACAACUACAGCUAUGUCCUCAAGUGCAACAGAAACUUCAACAAUUCCCUCAGAAACUUCAACCAGUCCCUUGCCGGAAACAAGUCCCUCACAACCUUCUACGGUUACCAGUGAGACUGCCACUACAAAUGAACAAACUUCAGCAGUCACGGACGGGCAAAUAUCAGCCACCACCAUUGGACUCUCAUCUACCCAGGGAACUGAAAGUACAACUACACAGCCAACUGACACAACAACUGAAACGGGAAUGACCCCUGAUGAGCACACAACAAGAGUUGAAAUGACAACAAUGACAGAUGAAACAACAACCGUAGUCACACAAGAGCAAUCGGCUAGCCCAGUGACUUUGACAAGCCCAUCUCCCACAAUGAUUUCAGGCCACACAACAGCGCCCUCUGAGGUUACAAGUGAGUCUAUUACUAGCACUGCUGGCACCUCAACACCAAGUGAGGCAUCAACAACAACUUCUGAAGCUAAAACAUCUCCUGAAGUAUCAACAGCGACCACAGAUGGUUUAACAACUGCAACUGUGGAAGCUACGUUUUCAACAUGGGGAGUGACUAUGACACCGGAAUCAACCAAAGACACAAUGGAAACAACUACAGCUAUGUCCUCAAGUGCAACAGAAACUUCAACCAUUCCCUCAGAAACUUCAACCAGUCCCUUGCCGGAAACAAGUCCCUCACAACCUUCUACGGUUACCAGUGAGACUGCCACUACAAAUGAACAAACUUCAGCAGUCACGGACGGGCAAAUAUCAGCCACCACCAUUGGACUCUCAUCUACCCAGGGAACUGAAAGUACAACUACACAGCCAACUGACACAACAACUGAAACGGGAAUGACCCCUGAUGAGCACACAACAAGAGUUGAAAUGACAACAAUGACAGAUGAAACAACAACCGUAGUCACACAAGAGCAAUCGGCUAGCCCAGUGACUUUGACAAGCCCAUCUCCCACAAUGAUUUCAGGCCACACAACAGCGCCCUCUGAGGUUACAAGUGAGUCUAUUACUAGCACUGCUGGCACCUCAACACCAAGUGAGGCAUCAACAACAACUUCUGAAGCUAAAACAUCUCCUGAAGUAUCAACAGCGACCACAGAUGGUUUAACAACUGCAACUGUGGAAGCUACGUUUUCAACAUGGGGAGUGACUAUGACACCGGAAUCAACCAAAGACACAAUGGAAACAACUACAGCUAUGUCCUCAAGUGCAACAGAAACUUCAACCAUUCCCUCAGAAACUUCAACCAGUCCCUUGCCGGAAACAAGUCCCUCACAACCUUCUACGGUUACCAGUGAGACUGCCACUACAAAUGAACAAACUUCAGCAGUCACGGACGGGCAAAUAUCAGCCACCACCAUUGGACUCUCAUCUACCCAGGGAACUGAAAGUACAACUACACAGCCAACUGACACAACAACUGAAACGGGACUGACCCCUGAUGAGCACACAACAAGAGUUGAAAUGACAACAAUGACAGAUGAAACAACAACCGUAGUCACACAAGAGCAAUCGGCUAGCCCAGUGACUUUGACAAGCCCAUCUCCCACAAUGAUUUCAGGCCACACAACAGCGCCCUCUGAGGUUACAAGUGAGUCUAUUACUAGCACUGCUGGCACCUCAACACCAAGUGAGGCAUCAACAACAACUUCUGAAGCUAAAACAUCUCCUGAAGUAUCAACAGCGACCACAGAUGGUUUAACAACUGCAACUGUGGAAGCUACGUUUUCAACAUCGGGAGUGACUAUGACACCGGAAUCAACCAAAGACACAAUGGAAACAACUACAGCUAUGUCCUCAAGUGCAACAGAAACUUCAACCAUUCCCUCAGAAACGUCAACCAGUCCCUUGCCGGAAACAAGUCCCUCACAACCUUCUACGGUUACCAGUGAGACUGCCACUACAAAUGAACAAACUUCAGCAGUCACGGACGGGCAAAUAUCAGCCACCACCAUUGGACUCUCAUCUACCCAGGGAACUGAAAGUACAACUACACAGCCAACUGACACAACAACUGAAACGGGACUGACCCCUGAUGAGCACACAACAAGAGUUGAAAUGACAACAAUGACAGAUGAAACAACAACCGUAGUCACACAAGAGCAAUCGGCUAGCCCAGUGACUUUGACAAGCCCAUCUCCCACAAUGAUUUCAGGCCACACAACAGCGCCCUCUGAGGUUACAAGUGAGUCUAUUACUAGCACUGCUGGCACCUCAACACCAAGUGAGGCAUCAACAACAACUUCUGAAGCUAAAACAUCUCCUGAAGUAUCAACAGCGACCACAGAUGGUUUAACAACUGCAACUGUGGAAGCUACGUUUUCAACAUCGGGAGUGACUAUGACACCGGAAUCAACCAAAGACACAAUGGAAACAACUACAGCUAUGUCCUCAAGUGCAACAGAAACUUCAACCAUUCCCUCAGAAACUUCAACCAGUCCCUUGCCGGAAACAAGUCCCUCACAACCUUCUACGGUUACCAGUGAGACUGCCACUACAAAUGAACAAACUUCAGCAGUCACGGACGGGCAAAUAUCAGCCACCACCAUUGGACUCUCAUCUACCCAGGGAACUGAAAGUACAACUACACAGCCAACUGACACAACAACUGAAACGGGAAUGACCCCUGAUGAGCACACAACAAGAGUUGAAAUGACAACAAUGACAGAUGAAACAACAACCGUAGUCACACAAGAGCAAUCGGCUAGCCCAGUGACUUUGACAAGCCCAUCUCCCACAAUGAUUUCAGGCCACACAACAGCGCCCUCUGAGGUUACAAGUGAGUCUAUUACUAGCACUGCUGGCACCUCAACACCAAGUGAGGCAUCAACAACAACUUCUGAAGCUAAAACAUCUCCUGAAGUAUCAACAGCGACCACAGAUGGUUUAACAACUGCAACUGUGGAAGCUACGUUUUCAACAUCGGGAGUGACUAUGACACCGGGAAUCAACCAAAGACACAAUGGAAACAACUACAGCUAUGUCCUCAAGUGCAACAGAAACUUCAACAAUUCCCUCAGAAACUUCAACCAGUCCCUUGCCGGAAACAAGUCCCUCACAACCUUCUACGGUUACCAGUGA